AUGGCGUCAAACGAGCAGCCCAAGACCAAGACCAAGACCAGGCCUGUUCCCAAGAAACUCGACCUGUCCACCGCCAAUGGCCCCACCCCUCCCUCUACUUCCAAGCAGAUCCCGUUAACUGUUAGCUGCCCCAUAUGCUGCCUCGAGUUGCCCCUCCUCGAAGCCAUCAAGACACACAUCAGAGAGGAUCAUCCCACCCUCUACGACCCAAGACUGGACAAUCUAAAUGGUCGUCACACUAACCUUCCAUAG